GGCGCUAUCUUAAAAAAAAUUAACUGUUGGAGACAAGAUUUAAUGCCCCACCUUCAUGUACCAUUUCUACUCACACACUUUCAUUUUUCUUGAUCAUAUAGGCACAUCUCUUCAAUUUCUCCAAUUCUUUCUCAAAAUUCUGCAAAAAUGGGCAAAAACAAGUCCAAGGCAGAGGCUACCUGCAAAUCCAAGACCAAGACUCCGGCUAAAACCAGUUAGGCCUACUUGGACGGGUCGUUCUAGUGGUUCAACAGUGAGGAGGAGCUUACCCGGUUCCUCAUGCACUUUGCCAAGCGGGCAGUGGCACCUCCACGAAUCCUCCCGGAGAGGUACCCGGAGCAAAAGUGCUAUGACACGCUUGAUGCUCAUCUCCACCAACCUGGACUUUGGUCGUUCAACUUUAAGUCCUGGAAGGACAUCAACCCAGCACUGGUUCGGGCCUUCUACUCGAACCUUCGACGUGAAGGGUUGGUCAUCGAGGAGUUAGGCAUCACCGAACUUGUUAGGCAUCACCGAACUUGUUCGGCAUCCCACCGGUCAUCCCACCAUUCACUCGGCUACUCCGGAAAGCUGACUGCAUAUCUGCAUAAUCACCCGAAUCCUCAAGUCCUAGAAGCCAUAAUAUUGUGGUAUGGCAGCAAUACCACAAUAUUAUGCGAGGAUCUUAAGGUCAUCCACACCAUCAUGCACAUGGCACCAAUCAAUUGGGCAAAGCUCGUGAUGUUGUACAUGACCGACGCCGCCACCAUCACCAACGAUCGAAUUCUACCCUAUGCCUUCUUAAUCACGGAGAUCCUUAAGUGGGCCCAAGUUGCCGUCUCCCAUGGGCCUAUCACUCGGCCCACGAAGCUUUGGACCAUCCAUGACCAAACCUUCAAGAAAAGGUCGGAGACCAGCGCCCCUGCCACACACCAACCUACAGCCCCCAGUCGUUCCACCCUUGCCUCCAUCACCGACUCCAUCAACCGCUUGAGCCUCACUGUCGAAGGAAUGGGGAGCACCAUUGAGCAGAUUGACGCAGCGGUCCAACGUCGAGGCUAUGCCAUGCAAGCCUACUUUGACCGCAUCAACUACGUGCCCCCGAAACACCAAUCCACCUUCCUUGGUCAAGACUACGCUGGUUACGACACCAACGAGUCUUACACCCUCUCAAGCUCCCCAAACGAUGACGAGCUUGAUGAGGAACUUGAAGGAGACCCAAUUGGUUGGAUUCUCUCCACCAUCACUGAUGAGGUUUCUGUUCUAGUUCUUUCCUCUGUUUCUACUACUUCUGCUCUCUGGACGGUGAUCCAUGACUUGUUUCACGACAACAAACAUGCGCGCGCCAUGCCACUCGAGCAUCAAUUUCGCACCACCGUCAAAGGAUCUACUCCCAUGGCCACGUAUUGUCAAGAAUUCAGAAAUAUUGCGGAUUGGUUGGACGACGUCGACGCCCCCGUGUCAGAGCACCAAUUGAUCCUCCAGAAGCUACGCGGCCUCCCCGACGAUCUUCAUGCUCAGACUUCGUUUCUCAAAUUUCAAGAUCCCAUGCCGAGCUUUCUUCAGGUGCGGUCAGCCCUCCUCCUCCUCGAUCGGCAGCAGACUCCCCUGGGCGGAACUAACAGCACGGUGCUGCUGGCGGGUCGGGACACUGGCAGUUUCGCCGGCGGUCAGCACGGUGGGGGCGGCAGCCGUGGCGCUCCUCAUGGCGGCAGUGGGGGACACUCUCUUGGCAGCAAUUUUGGCGAUGGAUCUUCCUACGGACAGCGUGUUGGUUGUGGACGCGGACAAGGGCGUGACAACGACAACUGGGGUUGUGAUCGAGGGUGUCAAACGGCAGUUCGAGACAAUGACCACUAACGAACGUCCAAAGUUCCUGGAACUCACCUUACCCAAACCCUAGCCCCGGGGUGUUGGGCCCCCGGCCCACUCCCGCUCCCUACCCCUAUCAUGACCAUGCCUAGCUAUUACAUACCCACCCACCCCCAAACCCGUCCCCCUACCCAUCCCUCUCCCCCUACCCGUUAUCGUACCCCCCAGCCCCACGGAAACCCCCAACAAACCCAACCCGCAACAUACCCACCCCCUACCCCCCACACCCACAGCCCUAGCCCACAACUUUGACACCAUGUCCCUCUGAGAACCAACAUGGCUCAUGGAUACCGGUGCCACACACCAUAUUGCCUCAAAUAUAGGUAUUCUUUCUAA